AACGUACAGGCGUGUGCAAACAAUUAAAUGUUACUAAAGACUAUAUGCCGGUGACGUUCACGAGACACUUAUUCGUCAAGGAACUGAAUAGUCGUUUUACAAUAAACAUCUGUUGUAACAAGAUUUUAUAGAGAUAAUAGGCAUAUAAUGACUGGGCUCCGACUUAGCCAAUUGGAGGCGUAUCUGCAGCAACUGGAUGUGUUCGAAAAGCCGAAGGUCUCGCUUGAGCAGUAUGCCACCAGUGCGCAUAUCGCCUCGCAUUUGUUGUACACCGCACAGUCACAAUUUGAUGACUUAAAAGGUAAAAGCGUAGCGGAUCUAGGCUCCGGAUGUGGCACGUUGUCGUUGGGUGCCAAGAUGCUCGGUGCCGAAUACGUGGUUGGGUUCGAGAUAGACCCCGACGCAAUCGACAUACAGUACAGAAAUUGCAGCGAUAUAGAGCUCUUUGUCGAAGUUGUGCAGUGCGACGUACUGCGAUAUUUACCAGGAAGGUUUGAUAAGUACUUCGAUACUGUUAUAAUGAAUCCACCUUUCGGCACCAAGAACAACGCCGGCAUCGACAUGAGAUUUCUGGAAACUGCAAUCAAGCUUUCGUCCAACGCGGUUUACUCGCUGCACAAGAGCAGCACGCGGGAUUACGUUCUAUCGAGGGCGGCGCAGCUCGGCGCGCAAGGGACGGUGAUAGCCGAGCUCAGAUACGACCUGCCGAAAGCUUACAGAUUCCACAAGAGAGCGUCCGUCGACAUUCAAGUGGAUUUUAUACGAUUUGAAUUAAAGCGCUGAUGCACUGUC